AUGGCGGCGGCAACAGCAGGAGCGGCGUGCCGCAGGGCCGUCUCUUACACCCUCCUCGGCCCGCCGGCCGAGAGCCUCCGCGCGGCUGCGGCGGCGGUGAAGGUGGCUGCGCCCGCAAGCACCGGCGACCAGUUCUUGGACCUGCUGGACGCCAACUUCAACAAGCCGCCGCCGGCUCCCCCGGCGAAGACGCGCACGGAGAACAGCUCCCCGACGUUCGCCACCUCGGGCGACCCCUGCCUGGACUUCUUCUUUCAAGUCGUCCCCGGCACCCCGGCCGAUUCCGUGUCGUCUCUCCUCGCUGACGCCUGGGCCAAAGAGCCGACCACGGCGCUCCGCCUCGCCUGCAACCUCCGCGGCGUCGGAGGCACCGGCAAGUCCGACAAGGAGGGAUUCUACGCCGCCGCGCUCUGGAUGCACAACUGCCAUCCGGCCACGCUCGCCCUCAACGCGCGCCCCGUCGCCGAAUUUGGAUACCUCAAGGACCUCCCCGAGCUCCUCCACCGCAUUAUUCACGGCGGCGUCUCCACCAGGACCAGAGCCAAAAAGGUCGCCCAGAAAGGUGGGAUGGUCGCUGGCUUCCGCUUCCGCAACCGCAACCGCAACCGCAACCCACCACCACCUACACCGCACCGCUGGAAGAAGUCGAUCCACCCCGCGAGCACGAUGGAGGCGCGCGUCGCCGCGAGCAAUAAGCGCGACCAGGAGAUGUCCGCCCAGGCCGCCGUCGAGCGCCACAAGAAGCGCGCGGACGCCGCGGCCAGAGCCGUCGAGAGGUACGCCCGGGACCCCAACUACCGCCUCCUGCACGACAUGACGGCGGAUGUUUUCGCCGACCUCCUCGCUGAGGACAUGAAGAAGCUCUCGGAAGGCAACCUCGAUCUCUCGCUCGCCUCCAAGUGGUGCCCGUCGGUCGACACCUGCUACGACUACUCCACGCUGCUCUGCGAGGCCAUUGCGCGCCGCCUCUUCCCCAAGGGCUCGAUGGCCCAGCUCCCGGAGGACUUGCCAGACGAGCACUACACCUACCGCGCGCGCGAACUUCUCCGCAAGGAGGCUUACGUGCCGCUGCGCCACGCCCUCAGGCUCCCCGAGGUCUUCAUCUCGGCGCGCGAAUGGGGGAAAGUGGUGUACACGCGCGUGGCCUCCAUCGCCAUGAAGAACUACCAGGACCUCUUCGUCAAGCACGACCACGCUCGCUUCUACCAAUACCUUACCGACGUCAAGUCCGGCAAGGUGAAGAUUGCGGCGGGCGGCCUGCUGCCGCACGAGAUCCUGGCCUCUGCCCAGUUUGACAACGAAGUAGCAGAGCUGCAGUGGCAGCGCACGGUGGAUGAUCUGCUGGCCUUGGGAGAUCUGAAAAACUGCCUCGCCGUGUGCGACGUGUCGGGCAGCAUGUGGGGGGAGCCCAUGGACGUCUGCGUCGCGCUCGGCCUCCUGCUCUCGGAGCUCUGCGACGAACCGUGGCGCCACCGCGUCAUCACCUUCAGCAACCGGCCACAGCUGCACCACAUCCAGGGAGAGACCCUCCGGGACAAGUGCCUGUUUAUCCAACGUAUGGACUGGAACAUGAAUACCGACUUCCAGGCCGUGUUCGACAAGCUCCUACAAGUAGCGGUCGCCGGCAACCUGCCUCCGGACCGCAUGGUGAAGAAGGUGUUUGUGUUCAGCGACAUGGAGUUCGACCAGGCGUCCUCGAGGCCGUGGGAGACAGACUACGAGGCGAUCAUGAGGAAGUACACCGAGGCCGGGUACGGAGAAGCCGUGCCGCAGAUUGUCUUCUGGAACCUCCGGGACUCGCGUUCCGUGCCGGUGACAGCGGAGCAGAAGGGGGUGGCGCUGGUCAGCGGCUUCUCCAAGAACAUGCUCAAGAUAUUCCUCGGUGGCGAGGGCAUCCUAACGCCCAGGGACGUCAUGGAGAAGGCAAUCUCCGGGCCAGAGUACCAGAAGCUCGUCGUGUUCGACUGA